GUGUCCGGACUGGAAGGGGGGGAAAGUGUCCGGACUGGAAGGGGGGGAAAGUGUCCGGACUGGAAGGGGGGGAAAGUGUCCGGACUGGAAGGGGGUGAAAGUGUCCGGACUGGAAGGGGGGGAAAGUGUCCGGACUGGAAGGGGGGGAAAGUGUCCGGACUGGAAGGGGGUGAAAGUGUCCGGACUGGAAGGGGGGGAAAGUGUCCGGACUGGAAGGGGGUGAAAGUGUCUGGACUGGAAGGGGGUGAAAGUGUCUGGACUGGAAGGGGGUGAAAGUGUCCGGACUGGAAGGGGGGAAAGUGUCCGGACUGGAAGGGGGGUGAAAGUGUCUGGACUGGAAGGGGGUGAAAGUGUCCGGACUGGAAGGG